UACACCGUUCCUCUCUCUCUGCCCCAACAACACAUAGCAAACCUAAGCCUCUUCAUUCUUCUUCUUCUUCUUCUUCUUCAAGCUUGAGCAAUGAAAAGACCAAAAUCGAAGGAGUUUCGGAAGCAACAGAGAGUCUCAGAGCAGGAAGAGAUAGACCUGUUGAAUUCAUGGAUCCAGUUCCAGCCACCGGACUCCGGCUCCAACCCAAUGUCGCUUCCACCACUGACCAAAAGUUCCCCCGUUGGUCGCCUCCAAGACAACACCUACUCGCGCUAUGCUGGCGCGUCCCGCUUCGAACAAUUCCCGCUCUCCAAGAAAACAAAGGAUGCCCUGAGGCAAGCCAAGUUCGUUGUCACAACCGACAUCCAGAGAGCUGCUCUCCCCCACGCGCUCUGUGGCCGAGACAUCCUCGGCGCCGCCAAAACUGGCUCCGGUAAAACCCUCGCUUUUAUUAUCCCUGUGUUGGAGAAGUUGUAUAGAGAGAGAUGGGGACCUGAAGAUGGCGUUGGCAGCAUCAUUAUAUCGCCUACAAGGGAAUUGGCUGGUCAGAUAUUUGAUGUGUUGAAGGAUGUUGGAAAACACCAUAAUUUUAGUGCUGGCCUUCUCAUUGGUGGUCGAAAGGAUGUUGAAAUGGAGAAAGAACGUGUUAACGAGCUCAAUAUAUUGAUCUGCACACCUGGUAGACUGCUGCAACACAUGGAUGAAACUCCCAAUUUUGAUUGUUCUCAAAUGCAGGUUUUGGUGCUAGACGAGGCUGAUCGCAUUCUAGACAGUGGGUUCAAAAAGGAACUAAAUGCAAUCAUUUCUCAACUACCAAAGCGUAGACAGACCUUGCUUUUUUCUGCAACUCAAACGAAGUCAAUUCAAGAUCUUGCCAGACUAAGUUUGAAGGAUCCAGAGUAUCUGAGUGUGCAUGAAGAAUCGGUGACAGCCACUCCUUCUCUCUUGAAGCAAAUUGUGAUGGUUGUUCCCCUUGAACAAAAGCUAGAUAUGCUGUGGAGUUUCAUAAAAUCUCAUCUACAGUCAAAAAUACUUGUCUUUCUUUCAAGCUGUAAACAGGUAAAAUUUGUCUUUGAAGCAUUUAAGAAACUGCACCCUGGCAUACCAUUGAAGUGCCUUCAUGGGAGGAUGAAACAGGAAAGAAGAAUGGCAAUAUACUCUGAGUUUUGUGAGAAGCGCUCAGUUCUCUUCUCAACUGAUGUGGCCGCAAGAGGCCUUGAUUUUAAUAAGGCAGUUGACUGGGUUGUUCAGGUUGAUUGUCCUGAAAAUGUAGCUUCUUACAUACAUAGAGUUGGUCGCACAGCUCGAUAUAAGUCUGAUGGAAAGUCAGUUUUAUUUCUGUUGCCAUCGGAAAUGCAAAUGCUUGAAAAGUUAAAAGCAGCAAAGGUUCCAGUGCAUUUUACUAAGCCAAGGCAAGAACGACUGCAACCAGUUUCUACUCUGUUGGCGUCUUUACUGGUUAAAUAUCCAGACCUGCAGCAUCGGGCUCAGAGGGCGUUCAUCACAUAUAUGAGAUCCAUCCAUCUACAAAAAGAUAAAGACAUAUUUGAUGUUAUGAAACUGCCUGUUAACGAGUAUUCGGCAUCAUUAGGUUUACCAAUGACUCCAAAAAUCCGUUUUCUUAACCAGAAAAUUAAAUCUAAAGUUGUGUCAACAAAAUCAAUUUUAGUUGAACCAGAAGAUUCAAGCAAGAAAAAUGUCUUGGAGGUUUCUAGAAACAAGAUAGACACAGAUCCUUUCAAGGAUGAAGAAAUCGAAAAUGAUCUUUUUCAGUUAGCAGAUCCUGCAACAAAUGAAGACAAAGUGAAGUCAUCUGAAAUUGAAGAAAUAAUACCAGGAACUCGUGUAUUGAAGAAAAAGAAGCUCAAGAUUAAUGUACACAGGCCAGUGGGGACCAGGGUUGUUUUUGAUGAUGAAGGCAACACACUUCCUCCGCUAGCCAGGAUAGCUGACACGCAAAGUGGCAAAGAAGCUUUGCUGCUUGACCCAGAACAAAAAGCUGAAUACUAUAAAAGGAUGCGCGAUGAUUUGAAGAAGGCUGACAAGGAAGACAAGAUUAUAGAGCGUCAGCGGCUUAGAGAAAAAAGAAUAAAGCAGAAGAUGAAAUGGAAAGCUGGGAAUGACGAAGAAGAGGAGGACCAAGAUGAUAAUUCUGGGUCAGAAGGAGACGAAACUGUUAAAAGACGGCAUAAAAAGAAUAAAGUAUACUUUGAUAGUGACAGUGACGAGGGUGAAAGAAAUGAAAUCGCAGGGAAUGCACGUACAAGUUCCGGCGCGGCUACUUUGGAGGAGCAAGAAGCUCUGGCUUUGAAAUUGUUAAAUUCUAUGCACUCGUAGGAUGUGCAGAAUAUAAACAGGUGAACAAUAGAUCAAAUUUUGGAACUUUAUAGCAGAGGUUUUACGAACAAUGAAAUUUUGCGGCCAGUUGAUAUCAAAUUGAAUUAGUUAAAUCUCUUUCAAGGAACA